CCCUUCGCCUCAGCUCCACGCGAAGGGAAGUCGUCUUCCUCCUCCCUCCUCACGAGCAAUUCCCCCCCGUUUGGUUCCGCGAUCCCACCACGAGAGAUAGCUGCUCCUAUGGCGCCCAAGGCCGAGAAGAAGCCGGCGGAGAAGAAGCCUGCCGGCGAGGAGAAAUCGGCGGAGAAGGCGCCGGCGGGGAAGAAGCCCAAGGCGGAGAAGCGGCUGCCGGCGUCCAAGGCCUCCUCUAAGGAGGGCGGCGGUGGCGACAAGAAGGGGAGGAAGAAGGCGAAGAAGAGCGUGGAGACGUACAAGAUCUACAUCUUCAAGGUGCUGAAGCAGGUGCACCCGGACAUCGGCAUCUCCUCCAAGGCCAUGUCCAUCAUGAACUCCUUCAUCAACGAUAUCUUCGAGAAGCUCGCGCAGGAGGCCGCCCGCCUCGCCCGCUACAACAAGAAGCCCACCAUCACCUCCCGCGAGAUCCAGACCUCCGUCCGCCUCGUCCUCCCCGGCGAACUCGCCAAGCACGCCGUCUCCGAGGGCACCAAGGCCGUCACCAAGUUCACCAGCAACUAGCCAUCGCUAGACUCUAUCAUCUAUGGAGAGGCUUCGUCGCCAUGCUUCUCCCCCUCAUUUCCCUUCUCGUGUAGUUGCAAGCUUGCCUGCUUUGUCAAUCCUGCUGAGUCAUAAUGGACGGCUUGGAUUUGAAGUAAUAGACGUGGAGUGGUAUU